AUGAUAGAAGGCAUCAAUACCAGAAUAAACCAUGGAAUAAGGGCGGUCAAUAGCGCGGGCCUGGCGGAGCGCGGCAACGCGCGGAGAUCGCGAGGCGACCGGGGCCAGCUGGGCCCCCGGCGGCGCGCCCCUCGGCCCAGCCGGGAGCCGCGCCAGUCGGAGCCCCUGGCCGAGGGCGGCCAGCCAGCUUCUCAGCGCCCAUCCCUCCGGAGAGCAGCCGGGGGGCAUGACCGACCCACCAGGGGCGCCGCCGCCGGCGCUCGCAGGCCGCGGGUGAAGAAGAAAGUCCGUACCCGCUCGGCCCGGAGCGAGGAGGCGCCACGAGACGAGGAGGCGCCCCAGAUCGAGGAGGCGCCCCCGGCCGAGGAGGUGACCCCAGACGUGAUCCAGGCGGAGGAGGUGACCGAGACCGAGGAAAUGGCGGCAGCCGGGCUCAGCGUGACCGUCACCCACAGCAAUGAGAAGCAUGACCUUCAUGUCACCCCUCAGCAGGGUAGCAGCGAACCAAUUGUCCAAGACCUGGCCCAGGUUGUUGAAGAGGCCAUAAGGGUUCCACUGCCUUUCCAGAAACUCAUAUUUAAGGAAAAAUCUCUGAAGGAAAUGGAGGCACCAUUGUCAGCACUUGGAAUACAAAACGGUUGCCGGGUCAUGUUAAUUGGGGAAAAGAACUGUCCAGAGGAAGAGGCUGAACUAAAGAAGUUGAAGGAUUUGGAGAAGUCUGUGGAGAAGAUAGCCAGCCAACUAGAAGAGUUGAAUAAAGAACUCAGUGGAAUCCAACAGGGUUUUCUGGCCAAGGAUUUGCAAGCUGAAGCUCUCAGCAAACUUGAUAGGAGAGUAAAAGCCACAAUUGAGCAUUUUAUGAAGAUUUUGGAGGAGAUUGACACCCUGAUCCUACCAGAAAAUUUCAAAGACAGUAGACUGAAAAGGAAGGGUUUGGUGAAGAAGAUCCAGGCGUUCCUAGCUGAGUGCGACACAGUGGAGCAGAACAUCUGCCAGGAGACUGAGAGGCUCCAGUCUACAAACUUGGCCUUGGCUGAGUGAUGUGCCCUGAAGAGGAGCUGUGCUACCCGGAAGAAAAGUGCCACCAGCUUCUCUGGAAUGGAAGUGGCCUGAUUUUCCCCUGGGCUACCAGGGGCAAUUGGCCAGUUGCCAAUUUUCCUCCCCCUACGCCAGUUCUCAGUGAAAAAGUGUCUUCGCGAUCUUAA